CUUGUAUGUAAUUGGACAAUUUGCCACACCUUUUACCUGGCAAGUGAGUGAGGAGACUUUGCUGAAGUUAUCAUACUAGGAUGGCAACAUAAUUCCUGCUUAACAGUUAUCUAUAGGUUCAUCUAACGUCCCACUCAAUUACAAUAAACUAUGGUUACACACCGAUAGGCGAAUUCUACUCUCUCCACAAUCCUUAAACAUAAGCGUCGGCGUGUACUUUUCAGCCCAUUUACAAACGUCUAUAGAUAAAUUGACGACGAAACUGUAAUUGACCUCAAUUGUUCAGUUAGGCGCUUCGCCACGCCAGCAAGCGCCGCCGACAUACCAUGCGUGGAAGUGCAUGCUUUGCAAGCACAUCCACACCUAGUUGUUCAUCGGCUGGAUUCAGGACCGUUCGACCAUGCUGGCUUCGCGCGGCACAAGAGGGACGACGCGGUCGACGCAGCUGCCCCCGCGCUGUUGACCGCGACCUGGACUGGGAGCCCGACCUGAAGGUGCCGCCCGCCGCCCCGCCACGAACCGGCUCCUCCUCCAACUACAUGCCGCCCCCGCCCCCGCCGCCUCCGGAAGUGCUGACCGACAUGCCCUUUCCCUUCCGGAGCCGACGUGAGAUCGCACUCAGCAUGCUGGGGGGCAGCGCGGCGCUCUGGCUGUUCAAUCACAAGGUGCUGUUUCCGAUCGACUCGUUUGGUGAGCGGCCGCCCAUUGACUUUUCGCUGGCUGGGUACACGGACCUCACCCCAGAGGAGUUUGUUUACUUCAAGACGCCUGCGGGCCGCUGGGUGGCUGCUGCGGAGGACGAGCAGGGCCGGUUCUUCAUGAUCGAUGAGGUCGGCGACCUGUACUACGACUCGGGGGACCCGGACGUGGGGCUGUACGCGAUGGACACCCAGGGCAAUCUGUUCAACUUUUAUCGCGACACGGACGGGCAGCAGAAGAUCACCCCGGUGGGCAACGUGGCAGAUCUGAAGAGCUUCAAGAUCAGCGAGAUCGCGGGAAUCAAGCUGGACAGGGACGUGAAUGUGGUGGCGUUCCAGGACGGCACCACGGCGCCACUGCCCCCCGGCUCCACCUACGUGGAUCCCUUCUCGGGAGAGCUCCGGGGACCCGACGAGCUCAUAGAGGGGCUGGGGCGAGGCGGAGGAGGCGGCUCCACAUCUGAGGGGCGUCUGUCCUCGCGACGAGACCUCUUCCAACGCCUCUUUGGCGGCGGCGGAGGCAGCGGCAGCGCCGACGCUGGGUUGCCCAUUCAGCGCUACGAGGUGGAUUUGAACGACCCUCGGGAGUACGAGGAGCAGAUGGAGGAGCAGCAGUUCUUGUUGGACCCGGAGGACCCCACUGCGCCGCUGCUGCCGCCGGACUUUGAUAUUGAUGCGCUGGCUCGGGAGGUGGAGGAGGAGGCCCGGGGGAAGGGCCGGCGGUGAGGUGGGGGGUGGCUGGUUGGCUAGGUAGCCGCUUACACGGUACGACUUGUACGGGGGUCCUGGGGACGUUCCCAGCCAUCCCGGGUUGUCUGGGUUUCCAUAACUACUAGGCGGGAUGCGUUUGCAGGGUGGUUGGCUGGAGCGCUUGCUGGAAAAAAACCGCGAAACCAGAGCAGUUAACGAAUGAUGAGAGGGCAGGCGGAGGUUGCAUGCGGGUGUCUGUGUUGCUGUGCUUGCGAGGAAGCGAGUAGGCUGUGGCGUUAUAUUGUACUGUACUACCGUACUAGCGCUAUAGCCGUGCAGGUUGUUUGCUUUACGCAGUCUGUGAAGGGCUGCUGCUGCUGCGUUUGUCUGGGGCCUUGCUGCUUGCAUUGCUGCGUUGGUACUGCUAGCUGAGGUUGGUUGGCCGUAAACAUACGCCAGGCGCUGGGAAGCGGUAGCUUGAUAUCAUGGUGUACGGAUGACGUUGAUGUACGAAUGUUGCCGUUCGGAGGUGCACUAGGUAGCCUUAACACACCUGAUAUCAUGAUUUUGACAUACACGGGUUCCAUGUUUGGACGCAUGUGAGGGGGGG